AUGGAUGCUGAGAGUGCCUACUACCACUCUCACAUAAACGCAUUUACCGGCAUUCACAGCGUCGCAGCAAACUACUACACGUUCGCUACAAGCGGGCUGCUCGUAUGGCACUAUCUUCUUACCCUCGACAAAGAGGUAGAGUUCUUCUGGGGCCGCGGGUAUUCCGGUGCUCGUGUCAUGUUCUUUGCGAACCGCUAUCUCUCCAUCAUCUGGGCCAUCUACAGUGUAUCACCGUCCUGGAAGAAGACUACUUCGAGCGCGGCUGACUUCAAGCUUGCUUGUGCCUACAGGCAGUACUGCGCUGCAAAGGCUUCCGCUUUCCUGGUGCUCGAGUUCCUCCAGUAUGCUGUUUGGGCAGAUAAGUUUACCGGGAGGAUAGCAUUCUCCGGUCUUCGAGUGUACGCUCUCCGAAAACAGUGGGCAUGGGGCGUGCUUGUAUCUCUACUCUCUAUCGCGCCUAUCUUCGCUAGUGCAACAUCUUAUGCAGAUUAUGAUGCGGUGGUUAAAUGUGACAGUCGAUCCGACCAGCAGGUGUACCGUAACGCUGCAAAGUACACCGUUUCGUCCAGAGUGGAUACCCCUUCGAUUUUAGCCGUGAUCAUCACCCGUGUUACGCUCUUCGUCGCCGACGUCAUCGUGAUCGCCAUCACUUGGAUGGCCACUACCGCUCAACGCGCCGAGGAUAUCCUCAUGUCCAUCCGUAGGGCCAAUACGCUGUCGAGAGUUAUGUUCAAAAACGGCGCUCUCUACUUCGUGUACGCAACUUCCACGAUGACACCGUCUUCGCCGCUAACGGAGAACACCUUCAGGGCGCUCACGACGCUCAACGUGCUAUUCCUCGCAUUCUACGCAGCUACGUACACAUCCACGGGCGCAUCGAACAUCACCAUCACCUUCUUGUCCAACUUCGUCGAAACCAUCUACGACGCGCUGACCACUAUCCUCACUACGAACUUCCUUUUAAAGCUCCAGGAAGCCUCGUAUGCGUCUGCGCGGGUCUCGAGCUACUGGCAAACGCGGCAAUGCCCGGACGAACAACUCAGCGUGGUCCAGUUCGCGCGCGCGGACGUCGACCAUUGGUCCUACGAGCUUGGCUCGCUUCCCGAAUCCGUGGAGGACGGUGAGGAGCUGGAACGGUGGGAUGUAGACGAGACGUUUCCUCGGUCCUGA